CGAGCUCUGAAGAACGAGAUUGCAGAGCAAGAACAGCUAAAGGAUUCUGUUUUCAAUCGGAUUUGGUUACUGAAAUCUCAUUCCUAAUCUGUUUUUCGCCGGAAAAGUUAUGGAAGAUUCGUCGUCUCAAUCCUUCUUCAGGAAGCACUGGGAAGAUUACAAGGAAUUUUGGUCGGAGAGAUUUUCGAUCCUCGACAACUAUUCUCCAUUCGUCCAGCGCGACAAGCCACUUCCUCCAUGGUCUAGCUCCGAUGUCGAGGAAUUUAUUGAUUUCAACCCCGUCCAUGGCCCCGCUUUGAAGACUGCCAGAGAAGCUGUGAACUUUGGUCUUAGAGGAACUGUUAUUGGAGCUGUAUCAACUGCCGGUGUUGCAUGGAAAUACUCGAGAAGUUUACAUGGCGCUGGGCUGUCGUUACUGGCGGGAGGUGUAUUCGGUUGGACUUUUGGCCAUGAGAUCGCAAAUCAUUGGUAUCAACUUUACAGGGUGGACACCAUGGGGGCACAAGUUAAGUUUAUGGAGUGGUGGAGAAACAAGAAUGAGGGACAUUUUUAAACUCCGAGUUGCAGUUGAAGCAGGUACCACGCCGCUCCCAUUUAAAAUAAAAAUGAAUGUGCAACUUUGUUGAAAUUCAAUGGUUGAUUGGUUUGUUUUGUGCUGAACUCUUCCAACCCAAGUUGAGAAAAGGACUGUAUCCCUUAUUGUUUUUUCCCCCAAUAUCUUCUGGAAAUGAUUGAUUCAUUUGCAAGCUGGUUAGGAAUGUAGCCAUCUUUACCGAGUACCUUGAAUCGUGGGUGUUAAGGUCUAAAGCAUCCAUUAUUGGUCCAUAAUGGAAUCAUACAUCUGUCCUGUU